CGUACACAUACAGUAUUUUAUUAGUGGGCAACUUAUUUCUUUCUACAAAUGUAAAUCGCUAGAAUGACUUGGCAGCACAAAAGGACACAAUGCAGCAAUAGCCUCCAAUAUUUCAGUACAGUGCACAUGCGGCUACUGCGCACGCUGGACGACCGCGACCCGCUGCGCUACAUCAUGGACGCCGCCGCCGAGAAGGAAGGCUUCGACCCAGACGUCUGGAUCGAGCAGCCAUUCAACACGCGCCUGCUGCAGCACGCCUGCCAACUUGCGGAACGCACUCGGCCUAGGUCUGAGGUGAAUACGAAGGUUUUUGGAACAUCAGAGAUUGGAAGGCUUCUGCAGGCCCUCAAUGCAUGCCUCAGAACCGUUGUUCUACAAAUACAGCAGGUAGCUAACCAGACAUCCUCUGUCCAUUUUGUGUAUACAGAAACACCUACUUUUAUAUUGAGAUCCCCAACACAAUACAAAUUUAGUGUACAAUAGUGGAAGCAGGUAGAAUUGGUCAAAUUCUAUGGCUUCCCCAUUUGUUCAGAGAAGCCGUAGAAAUUCAUGAGUAUAAAAGCCUUUUUCAGAAGAAAGAAGAAAGCCUUAAAUUAAAUGGAUACUACAUUCUUCCACUACAGCGAACGACCAUAGCAAGUAACAAGGGGAGAACUACAGCUGUAAUGAUACAGGAAAGGUCCAUAGAUGUUGCCAAGACAGGUAUAUACGUAUAAUCUCUAGCUGCAGGCUCCACUCCAGUCUUCCAUCAGUAAUGGAGGGCGAAACUUUG